GUGGGCUUCUCCUCGGAGCCAGUCUGCCGAGCGGCGGCGGGGAUUGUGCAGUCAGCCUUUGCACUGGGGCACGGUGUAAAUGUGCUGCUGCAGCAGCUGCUGACAUUGAGUAGUGAGGCAUAGCGCGAGCUAGAGAGAGAAUCCCAGCCACCCUCCCUGCGAGGCUGCGUUCGAAAACCGAACGUUGCAGCUCUCCACGUUCUCAAAUUAGUUACUUUGUUGCUCUCUGAAAAAGACAAAACCCAACAGUCAAACGAGUCGGUUGCCGUACAAGAAACAAAAGGACCUCCGGCUAAAUCCUCUUUCUCUGAUCACACGGGUCUCAGCACGCUGCUCUGAAGCUGAUCCGCUUGCAAAACAAUCUCUUUGAUAUUAUUGUGGGUUAUUAUUUUUGGUACUACUAAUCUACGUAACCCACCCCCUUUAAUAACAACAGAAAGGCAGCUGCAGCUGGACUGGCAAGUGACUGAUCUUCUUAACUCAGGGGUUUGGUAUAUAACUUUGGUUGGUUCUUUCAAUACCCAUGAACAUACAAAGGUCAACCCCUAUCACAAUAGCGCGAUAUGGGAGACCUCGGAAUAAAACCCAGGAUUUUGAAGAACUCUCGUCUGUAAGAUCUGCCGAGCCGAGCCAGAGUUUUAGUCCGAACCUAGGCUCUCCGAGCCCGCCAGAGACUCCUAACUUGUCGCAUUGCGUUUCUUGCAUCGGGAAAUACUUAUUGUUGGAGCCUCUUGAGGGAGACCACGUUUUCCGAGCCGUGCAUUUGCACAGUGGAGAGGAGCUGGUUUGCAAGGUAUUUGACAUUGGUUGCUACCAAGAGUCAUUAGCGCCGUGUUUCUGUUUACCUGCACACAACAGUAUCAACCAAAUUACUGAAAUAAUUCUUGGGGAGACAAAAGCAUACGUGUUCUUUGAAAGAGGCUAUGGGGAUAUGCAUUCUUUUGUUCGUACCUGCAAGAAACUUAAAGAAGAAGAGGCAGCAAAACUGUUCUACCAAAUAGCUUCUGCUGUUUCACACUGUCAUGAUGGUGGACUGGUUUUGCGGGAUCUCAAACUGCGAAAAUUUAUCUUUAAGGAUGAAGAAAGGACUAGAGUAAAAUUGGAGAGUCUAGAAGAUGCAUAUAUUUUACGAGGAAAUGAUGACUCUCUUUCUGAUAAGCAUGGAUGCCCGGCCUAUGUGAGUCCAGAGAUCUUGAACACAAAUGGCAGCUACUCUGGCAAGGCAGCAGAUGUAUGGAGUCUAGGUGUCAUGCUUUACACAAUGUUAGUUGGACGCUAUCCUUUCCAUGACAUUGAGCCUAGUUCUCUCUUCAGCAAGAUCCGUCGUGGGCAAUUUAACAUUCCAGAGACUCUCUCCCCCAAGGCAAAAUGCCUUAUACGUAGCAUACUGCGCCGGGAGCCAUCGGAACGGCUGACUUCACAGGAAAUUCUGGACCAUCCCUGGUUUUCUACAGAUUUUAAUGUCUCUAAUUCAGGAUAUGGUGCUAAGGAAGUAUCAGAUCAGCUGGUGCCUGAUGUCAACAUGGAAGAAGAUUUGGACCCAUUCUUUAACUGAGCACAAAGACUGGUGUUCAGAAGGUACAAUGACGAGAUAUCCACAUGAAGGAGUCCUUCCUGACCAUGUUAAAUCACAUCCUGCAUCAGCCUAGCUUGGUAGCAAAAGACACAAAAGAUUCCUUGGUUUGAGAAGGAAUCUCCACAAGGAGCUAAUAUAACAAAUGUAGCAUGGGGACAGAUUUGCGGGGAGGGAGCCUUGCUAUCAGGUUAGAUUGAUUUGGAGGGGAGCGAGGAAGGCAGCAUGGAGCAAUUGUAGCUUCUCACCUUUUGGAGCCAAGGAGACUGACUGCACAUGCCAAUUCCAGUGCAGCUGUAUCACUCCUAUUUCUGUUUCAUUAAAAUAGUUGCAGUUCACAACAAGUAGAGAAACUAUUUGCCUCAACACGCAUCUUGGCAUCGCACUGUUAAAUAUUUAACUUCAGCCAUUAUUCAGGGAAAGUACAAUUGGCUAAUUUUUUUUUUUAAAUCUGAUGUCUAAUAAUUAAUGGGAUUCAUUUAAGAAAAAAUUAGAUGCACAUGGACAUGAAAGGUGGGUGCUAAAAAAAUAAACAAGUUCAGUUCAUGUCUCUUGAUAGCUAUUUUCAACUCAUAUUUCUUCUAAAUAUACUACUUAAUAUUCUUGUCAGGAAAUGACAUUUUUAAUGCUUUGUUCCCUUAAGGGGAAGUAACUGUCAUUUAACAAGCUGUUCUGUUUUGUGUCAAAUGGUUUGUUGCAGGAAGUUAUUAUUACUCAAGCUUCCAGAUGCAUUAUUGCUAUAAUAUUAAAAGAAGAAAAGAAAACCUAUGUUAUUUUUAAAAGGGUUUGAAAUACUGGCUGCCAUGUUUGCCAUGCUGCACGUAUGUGACUGUACAGGGCAGAAAGCCCUUGCAUCAGUUCUAGAUGCAGGAACCAACUUUUUGUUUAACUGACUGGCCCACAUGUAAAUAGAGGGCUCUUUAUUGAAGAAAAAUGUUAACAUUUUUUCUUUUGAAUUUCUCUUGAGAUGGCAACUUUUUUUUUUGUUUUUUGUGGGUUAUUUUGUUAUGCCCUGAAUAAGAAAUAAAAGGGUAUUAAUAAGCUGAACAUUAUUAUAAUAUGGAUACUUCUCCCAAAACAUACGCAGUAAUAUGCACCUUUUGUAUUGUCAAGACUUACUCUAUUUAUUGAAGAAAAUGUCACAGUAGUGAUGUAUUAAGCCAGUACUUCAAUUACGGGUUGACUUGGGAUGACAUGUUACAUGCUGUAGUUAACACAUUUCUUUUCUGUUCAGGUAUUUCUGUCCCUGAAUAACUUUUUAUUUAGCUUUUUUUUUUUCUAGAUAGCUUUAUUUGAUUUAGACUGGCAAAUGUUUUUAAUUACUGCUUUUAUAUUGCUGUAUGAUAUUGAAAUCUCUUUGCAUAAAUAUUUGUGUUUCCAGUACCUCAGUUGUUCUGAUAUUACUGCCUGUAUACGUUUUGUGAAGUGGUCAUGUUUUUUGGGUAGGUACAUGUGGACUCUGUAGUAUGUAAAUGUUACUUGAAUUUGUGCUCAAUUAUAGUAUGUGGCAUGUGCGUACAGCUGCUUGGCAUUUGACGUAUGGAUGCUAUUUGCCUGCCCUGCAGGGAAGUUACGGUCCCACUCUUGAAGAUUUUCACGGGCCUUUAUCAAAAGAUGAAGCUAGCUGCAGCUGACCUGCCUUGGUUCUAUUUUGGUAACUAAGAAUAUAAAGGGAGUAAUGUUUUUACGCUCUGAAGAUGGUGCUGUGUCAAGAAGGACUUUUUUUUUUUAAUUUUAAUUUUAUAAGUACCUUGUAGGAGGAAAGAUUGGUGAUGUGCAUGGUGGGGUUUUACUGCCUCUGGUGCUUUGUCAUGUAUUUGGUUUAAUGUUUUUGUCCUAAUCUCUUCAAUAAAUAAAAUUGUGCAUAUUUAACUAAA